AUGGAAUACUGGAGGCAAUGCGCCGCCUGGCUCAUCAGAUGCAAGGUGCUGCCGGUCAACCAUCGGGUUACCUCGGACACUGCACAGGUGUUUGACCUGGCGCAGACCCUACGCGACGGCGUGCUGCUGUGUCAGCUGCUCAACAAUCUGAGGGAGCGCAGUAUCGACUUGAAGCACAUCAACCUCAGGCCGCAGAUGUCCCAGUUCCUGUGCUUGAAGAAUAUCCGCACCUUCCUGACAUGCUGCUGCAACUUGUUCGGCAUGAAGAAAAGUGACCUAUUCGACGCUUUUGACCUGUUUGACGUGCGUGACUUUGGAAAGGUGAUGGAUACACUAUCCAAGCUCUCGUACACAGCCAUCGCACAGCAAGGAGGAUUCAAGCCUUUCCCCACAGAGGAGAGUCUAAAGGACGAGGACAUUUACAAUCACCUAGAAGACCUGAUUGAUGAAACCGCCAUGGAAGAUGAGGAGGACUUAUAUGCAGCAGUAUACAGCUUGGAAGAAGGCUAUGCAGGCGGAGAGAUUUAUGAGGACCUUAUGAGGACUGGGCACCGUCCUCCUCCGGCAUCGAAAAAGCAGGUCGAGAUGUCAGACGUUCGCAGCUGCUGCCUCUCUGAGAUCAAGCAGACGGAAGAGAAGUACACAGAGACCUUGGAAUCCAUUGAGAAGUAUUUCCUCAACCCGCUCAAGAAAUUUUUCUCCGUUGCCGAAAUCGAUCAAGUGUUUAUCAACAUUCCAGACUUGGUGAAGGUUCACAAGAGCCUCAUGGCAGACGUUCAGGAUUCCAUUCUCAACAAGAAUGCUUUAAAUCUCUACCAGAUAUUUAUCAACUACAAAGAGAGGCUUCUCAUCUAUGGUGUCUACUGCAGCCGCGUGGAGAUUGCCAUCACCGUGCUGGACCUCAUCUGCAAGGAGAAGGAGGACGUCCGCCUCAAACUGGAGGAGUGUUCCAAGAGAGCCAACAAUGGCAAGUUCACUCUAAGGGAUCUGCUGGUGGUCCCCAUGCAAAGGGUCCUAAAGUACCACCUUUUACUCCAGGAGCUGCUCAAGCACACUCACGAAGCUGCAGAAAAGAGCAACCUUAAAAUUGCGCUGGAUGCUAUGAAAGAUCUGGCACAGUUUGUCAACGAAGUGAAGAGAGACAGCGAGACUCUACGGGAGAUGGACCAGUACCAGCGCUCCAUUGAGAACCUUAAUCAGCCGCUAAUCCGCUACGGUCACCCGAGAGGAGAUGGAGAAAUGCGUAUUGUGUCCAACUUUGACCGCAGGAAACUGGUCAGAUACCUUUUCUUGUUUGAUGUGGCCGCCGUGGUGUGCAAGCGACGUGGCGACAACUAUGAGAUGAAGGACGUGCUCGACCUCAAUGUCUUCAAGAUCACCGACAACCCGUUGUCAGACAAGGAGGGCAAGAAGUGGUGUUACGGCUUCUACGUGACACACCAGCAGGGCCACACGGGCUUCGAGCUCUUCUUUAAGACCAGAGAGCUGAAGAAGAAAUGGCUUGAUCAGUUUGAAAUGGCUGUAUCUAACAUUCGACCAGAGUUUGCCAAUCACAAUGGUCACCAGUUCAAGAUACACACUUUUGAAAGAAUCUCUUCAUGCAGCUUCUGUCACCUUCUACUAAGGGGGGUCUUCAACCAGGGUUACGUUUGUUUAAAAUGCGCACGGGCUGUCCACAAGGAGUGUUUGGGUCAGCUGGGUCUUUGCCGGAGGGCUGACUCAAAGAGUUGUCAAUGCAACUCGCAACGAAGGGACCCAGGUCUUCCACGGAUGGUAGUGAUCCGAACAUACGAUGGUGUCCCCUGCCCGCCACGCGGCCCCCCGCUGUGUGCCCACGCUGGCGAUGUGAUCGAGCUGAUGUUCGCCGACCUGCACAGCUCCUGGUGGCAGGGCAGAAUCCCGGUGAGCGGCAAGAUUGGUUUCUUUCCCAGUGACGCCGUGAGGCCUUGCCCUUGCCUACCGAAGCCUGUCGAUUACUCCACACAGCUCUGGUUUGCAGGGCCCAUGGAGAGGUGCCAGGCCGAGCUGGAGCUCCAGGACCGAGGGAACAGCACCUAUCUGGUUCGGCAUCGGAGUAAAGAAUGCGCAGAGUACGCCAUCAGUAUAAAGUUCAACGACAGAGUCAAGCACAUUAAGAUUCUGACCAAGGACGGCUGCUUUUACAUCACUGAGUGUCGGCCCUUUAAAACAUUGCUGGACCUGGUGGAGUACUAUAAGCAACACUCCUUAAAAGAAGACUUCAGCAGCCUCGACACCAAUCUGCGUGUCCCUUACCGGCAAUGCUCCGAUGGAAGCUCGCCUUGGGCCAUUAGCAAGACUGGCAGCGCCACUCCUUUGUUGCCCUGGCUGUCUCUUGUUGCUCCUGGUGGUUGCUGUUUUGUUCCUCCCUCCUCUUCUCCUUUCUGGUCAGGUACAGUGUUUUCUCCCAGGGUGGUGUCUGUAGCUGUGGCUCGCUACGACUACAGUGCCAGAGACGUGUGGGAGCUUUCUCUACUGCAGGGGGACGUGGUCAACAUCUACAGCAAAACAUCCGAUGGCUGGUGGAAGGGGGAGGUGGCCGGCAAGGCGGGCUGGUUUCCUUCCACCUUUGUCGAAGAGGAGGACUGA